AUGGAACUCAAAGAAAAGCUACUCAGAAGGCCUUCUGUCGAUUUAGACAACUCACAAGAAGCCCCUGUCUUGCCUAGAUGGUCUUUUGAACGUAGUGACCAUUCGAUCCUAAGCACUGAGCGGUUGUUCCAACAGUGGAAUCAGUACGAUGCCCAGGACACACGAUACGAAGCCGGCCAUCUGAUCGAGGAGGAGAACAACAUUAAACGUAGAGAGGUUAUUGUCACCUGGGCCAGCCCCAACGACCCCUCCAACCCUCUAAACUGGCCCAACCGACAAAAAUGGAUAACCACCAUCCUCGUCUCCCUCUUCACCUUCAUCUCUCCCUUCUCCUCCACAAUAGUAACCCCCGCGCUACCUGCCAUCGGCAAGCAAUUCAACAUAAAAGAAGGUUUCAAGCGCCAACUCAUUAUGACCAUCUUCCUGCUAGGCUACGCCCAAGGUCCCUUCAUACUCGCGCCCUUAAGCGAAAUCUACGGGCGCGUCACAGUGCUUCAAUACGCAAACCUCAUCUACCUCGUCUUCAACACCUGCUGCGGCUUCGCACAGUCCGGGCCGCAGAUGCUCGCAUUCCGGUUCUUGAGUGGACUUGGGGGUGCAGCACCACAGGCUUUAUGCAGCGGCGUCUUAGCAGAUACGUGGAGCAAAGAAGAACGCGGAAAGGGUCAGGCUAUUUACGGUAUCCUGACCUGGCUCGCUCCCUGUAUCGCACCUAUCUGCGGCGCGUACAUUUCGACGGGGGUGAGCUGGCGCUGGAUCUUCUUCGCUACGUCCAUAUUCACCGUCUUUGUGCAGCUUACCGCCGUGUUCUUCCUCGCUGAGACUUUUGCGCCGGCGAUCCUUGCUAAAAAGGCGAAGGCUAUGAGAAAGGAUAUGGCGGAUGGAGCGGUGAUUGUGCGCACGGAGUUCGAGACGGGAGAUCGAAUGAGUAGGAUUCUGAGGAAGAGGUUGGUGCUCCCGUUUAUAAUGAUGUUUACGCAUCCGGCGACGCAGGCGCCAUCGACGUAUCGGGCGUUUUUGUAUGGGGUUAUGUAUCUCAUGCUGUCGACGUUUCCGAUGGUGUUUGAGGAGGCGUAUGGUAUGAGUGUUGGCAACGCAUCAUUGAACUACCUAUCGUUGUGUUUGGGGUUUAUGGUAGGAUUGCAGAUUUCGCAUCCGCUUAUGGAUGGGUUGUACGCUCGUAUGAAAUCCUACUACAACCUCACCGAAGGCCUCCCUGAAUUCCGCGUCCCACCCAUGCUCAUCGCAGGCAUUUUGUGUCCUAUCGGACUCUUCAUAUACGGCUGGACAGCACACUACCAUGUCCAUUGGAUCGUGCCGAACGUCGGUGCUGCCAUCACUGCUGUGGGUCUCAUCAUUGGGUUUCAGUGCUCUCAGGCGUAUACGACGGAUGCGUAUGAAGCGCGGUAUGCGGCGUCGGCGGCGAGCGUGGGUGCGUUUAUGCGGACCAUGUGCGGGUUUAGCUUUCCGCUCUUUGCGCCGCAGAUGUAUGAAAGCAUGGGGUUGGGGUGGGGGAAUAGUUUGUUGGCGUUUUUGACGUUGGGGUUGGGUUUGGUGGGGCCUGUUGGGUUGUGGUUCUAUGGGCCGAAGUUGAGGAAGAUGAGUUGGAGGGGGUUGGAUUGA